AUGAGAAGAAUGCCAAAACGUCUGCUUGCUGAUAAAAUCUCAUUUUUUGGCAUAUCUCCACGUACUCUGACAAGAAGUUUCAAGAAACGUAAUACCAAAUCCCAUUUUGCACGUAAAAAACCAUGGAUUAAUGAAGAAAAUCGAAUCAAACAAUUAAACUGGGCUAAACUUCACAAAAAUUGGACUAAAGAAGAUUGUGGGCUCAACUUAAAUCUUUUAGUUCGCACCCCAUCACGAAUGAAUGGUGAAAAGUAUGGAGACAUUAUUUUAGAUACAAUUUAUCCGAUAGUUAUGAUUGCAAAAGAAGCAAUAUUUCAAGAGGAUAAUGCACCAAUUUACAAGAGUAAACCUGUAAAAGAGCUUAAAGAUGAUCUUGGAAUUAAAUUAAAUCCAAUUGAAAAUGCGUGGAGAGAAGUUAAAUGUUGGAUUCAUAAAAACAGAAAGCCACAGACAGAAGCCGAUUUGGAGGAAGCCGUAUUGUCCGCAUGGAAUACUAUUACAUUUGAGAAAUUCUUCAUUUUAUAG